CAGACCUAAGCUACACGUGCAGUUUUGCAAGGUGAAAAUCGUCAAAAAUGGCUCUACUGGAUGAAAAUGAUGCCGAAAUGUUGGCUCCAGACUUUUCCGAUGAUGAGCAGGGGAAAAAGAAGAGGGUUAGAAGAAAGAGGUCGAAGAAAGUGAAGGAAGAAGAUCUUGACAUGAGCGGUGAGCCAGAAGAACGGGGUGUGGUCUACCUAAGUCACAUCCCCCAUGGAUUCUACGAACCUCAGAUGAUAUCGUUCUUUGAACAGUUUGGCAAAGUCACCAGAUGUAAACUGUGGAGAAGUAAAAAGACCGGCAAGUCAAGGGGCUAUGCCUAUAUUGAGUUCGAGUACAUUGAUGUCGCCAAGAUAGUCGCUGAUACCAUGAACAACUACCUCAUGUUCCAAAAGCUGCUCAAAUGUAAAUUCAUCCCGAAAAAGGAUCUGGUUGCUAAAGCCUUCAGUCAGUGUGACAGACAUUUUGUGAAGCCAUUUCAUCGCGAACGCUCGGCCAAACGCCACAACAGUCUACUUGUGUCUGGUGAAUCCCGCAUCCUGAAGAAUCAGAAACGACUUGUCCAGAUGGAGGGACGUCGCAUGAAGAAGAUGGCAGCCUUAGGGAUUGAAUACAAACCAACCGGAUAUGCAGAUGAGUGGGAGGACAUCAAGAAAGCCAAGAACGUGAUCCACGAGAAGAGACGUGUGGAGGAACUGCUCACCAAAGAGAUCACGAUGAGGAAGGAGGCAGCCUUGAAAAAAGCCAAGCAUAAAGCCCACCUUCUCUCCAAGAAGCGAAGAAUCGGCAAGAAGCUGAGACGCAAAGAAGAGAAGGAGAAAGCUGCAGCCGCAGAGAAGCCUGAGGAGCCAAAGACGGAGACCCCUGAUGCAGUCACCCCUAAGUACCCUAAACGUAAGUCUCUGGAUGCGGUCUCGGGGGAAGUCGACCAGCAACCACUGAAGAAAAAGGGAAGAACCUCCACUCUGUCUACCCCUGCCCAAAAGUUGGCGUCUCCCGCUCCAAAAGAUGAAGUGAAAGCCGCAUCACCUGCCGUAAAAAGCAGUAGAAGAAGUAGCCGAAGAUCCGUGAAGGGUGAUGCUGCUGCACCGACAUCCCCUGAGAAGGAGGUUGGCUGCAAAACGCCAAAACCUAAAACCCAAGGUUCUAAGACGCCCAGUUCUAAGACGCCAAUUUCUAAGACGCCCAAGACCAUCAAAGAAGCUUCAUCAACAUCUGUGAAGGAUGAUGCUGCUGCACCGACAUCCCCUAAGAAGGAGGUAAGCUCCAAAACGCCUAAACCUAAAACCCCAGGUUCUAAGACACCAAGUUCUAAGACGCCAAGUUCUAAGACGCCCAAGACCAUCAAAGAAGCUUCAUCAACCCCUGGGAGAAAAGUUGCUACCCCGUCCCAAGCUGUUUCCAAACUGUCUGUUGAAGAUUCCCCCGAGCCCAAGAUGGUGAAGAAGACCCCGAGGAGUUCGCGGAGAGGAAGGACACCCAGAAAAGGACUCUCUCUCGAUUCAGAAGCCACCAGCGACUCAGAUUCUGGGAAACCAAAAGUGAUGGAGUUUGCCGGAAUCAAGCUCCAAGUAUCAGAUACCCCAGAAGUAGAACUCAAAACACCAAAAGCAUCAAAGGCCAAGACUCCGAAAACAGCCAUCAAGGGAAGUUCUAAGAAAAUCGCACAGAUUGAAGAGCUUGAAGGUAACAUGACACCAAAAGUUCCUACAAGCAGUAAGAAAGGUGCCAGCGCCAAGAAGAGUGCCAAGAAGAGUGCCAAGAAGAUGACAGAGAUCAACAUCCCAGAAGCAUCAGUGUUAUUAUUUUGAAAAAAGUAAUACUUAAAUAAUCAAAACAACUUUUUUUUUAAUGAUCAUUGAAAAGUCAAUUUAUGAAAUUAAUUCAUUUUUUGAUUUUGUUUGUUUGUCAAACUCAUAAAAACAAACAUGUACUCUGUAUGAAGUUGUCACUUUUUAUGCAAAUUGAAAAUACCUAAACUUUUGGUGAGGAUUUUGUUUCCUUUUUUUUUCAGAGUUUCAACGAACUUAACAUUUUACAUUAUUUCAUGUAGAGAAUACAAUUUAAGGUCUCCACAAAUGAUUAUCUGGAUUUCCUAAUAUCCUGAAUUGUGUUGUUUAGCAUCAAUGUUGUAGCUCAAAUUUGGUUCAAACAUUGAGUUUUACAUUUGUUGUGGUGUAGAGAGAGUCUGUAAAUCCUCAGAAUGGUAAGAAUUACUAUUAUUACCAUAAGAAAUGAGAAAAGAAAAGCCAUUUUUGUUUUCUUUUUUUCUUUUUUUUCAGCAUGUGUCAAUGCUCUGUCUUUAAUAAAGUUCUAAAUAAUUACUUAUGCAUUUUAUGAUUUUGUCAACAAAAAUUUGCAGCAAUAUCCAACAUGUAAUGGGACACCAUAUUUAUUUUUAUAUCUGUGCUGCAGCAGAAAAUACCACAAGAUUUCUUGUUUUGAAUUUGGUGGCUGAUACCAUUUGACAUUGUCGAACGAGGCAAGCUACUCUGUGAAUGUUGAAUCCAUAAAUCUCCCUCAUGGAUUAGUUUGUUUGAAAGUUGGCUAGUCUUUGCCAAGACGAUGAUAUACUGAUAUAGGGUAUGUUUUUCUCAGUUUCUUUUUUUAUUGUUUCUAAUUAAACACUGGACACUGGACACUAUUGGUAAUUACUCCAAAUAAUUGCUAG